UCUUAUAUUUCGUUUCUUACAUUUUGGAUUUCACUCUUUUAGAUCUUUCAGUUCUUCUCUGCAACUACUAAGGUAUGUUUUUUAUUUUUUUUUGUUUUCGUUUAUUUAUUACAUGUAAUUUCCGUUUCCUACUAACUUUAUUUCUUCUUUUAUUUAUGGGUUUGUGGUCCUCUGUUUACCUUCUCCAUUUUUUGUUCUUUUUUCGUCUCUUCAUUUUUUCAUUUUUUUGCUUUUUUUAUUCUUUCCUUCCUUCGUUUUUUCCGUUGUUCUUUAUUUUCUCUUCGUUCCUUUCAUUUUUUUUUUGUUCCCACUUCGUCUCUUUUGUUCCUUUACACUUCUCUUCAUUCCUUUCAUUUUAUUUCCCACUUCAUCUUUUUUAUUCCUUUACACUACUUUUAUUCUUUUUAUUCCCCUUUGCUCCAUUUCGUAAAUGUAAAGGAAGUAUUAAGACAAAAAUUAAUUAGUAAAAUUAUCAAAAUAAGAUUGUGU